AUGGCGGCCCCCGCGAUGGCAGCGCCGCCGGCCUGCUUCCCCAUGGCGGCCAGGCUGCCGCCGCUGCCGACGUCGAUCACGCUCCCGGACGCCGCGACGCCGGUGCCGGUGGUCGGCUGCAGGCGCGUGGCGGCCAAGCACAAGGCCGUCGUGGUGCUGGGCGCCACGGGCACCGGCAAGUCCCGCCUGGCGAUCGACCUCGCGCUGCGCUUCGGCGGCGAGGUCAUCAACUCCGACAAGAUCCAGGCGUACGCCGGCCUGGACGUCGCCACCAACAAGAUCGGCCCCGCGGAGUGCGCCGGGGUGGCGCACCACCUGCUGGGCGUCGUGCACCCGGACGCCGAGUUCACGGCGGCCGACUUCCGCCGCGAGGCCGCGCGCGCCGCGGCCGGCGUCGCGUCGCGGGGCCGGGUGCCCAUCAUCGCGGGCGGCUCCAACUCGUACGUCGAGGAGCUCGUCGAGGGGGACCGCCGCGCGUUCCGAGAGCGGUACGAGUGCUGCUUCCUCUGGGUGGACGCAAAGCUCCCCGUGCUGCAUGACUUCGUCGCCCGCCGCGUCGACGAGAUGUGCCGGCGCGGCCUCGUUGACGAGGUGGCGGCGGCGUUCGACCCGCGCCGCACCGACUACUCGAGGGGCAUCUGGCGCGCCAUCGGCGUGCCGGAGCUCGACGCCUACCUCCGGGCGCGCGGCCACGACGACGAGCAGCGCGCGCGCAUGCUCGUCGCCGCCGUCGACGAGAUCAAGGUCAACACGUCCCGGCUCGCCCUCCGCCAGCGCGGCAAGAUCCAGCGGCUCGCGCGCAUGUGGCGCGUCCGCCGCGUCGACGCCACGGAGGUGUUCCUGAAGCGCGGCCACGCCGCCGACGAGGCCUGGCAGCGGCUCGUCGCCGCGCCAUGCAUUGACGCCGUCAGGUCCUUCCUUCAGGAAGACCAAGAAUACAGCAGCAUGGUCACUGCCUCCAUGUUUGCCUCGACGGCCGCCGCCGCCGCCAUCGCAGCCGCGGCUGUCUAACACACACGGAACCGGAACGCUGCCCAAAGUCUCCACACAUGGCCAACGCGCCAGCCUCCAUUGGCGACCGGCGCAGAGCUCACCAGCUGGAAUGGCCGCUAGCUGCCAUGCUCUGCUGCGGUCAACCGCGCGGUGACCAGGCAGAGUAGUAGCGCUGAUCAUAUAGUUGACCCUGGUCCGGGGAAAGUAAUUAUUUUGCCCCCCAUUUCCUCUGUAUUUUUGUACGAGAUGAUCCGAUCGAGCGCGAGAGCGAGUUUUGAGUAUUAUUUCCCUGUUCCAAGAAAGAUUCUGAAAUAGAAGCCGGCGGCACUGUUGAUUUGGGGUGAUGUAACACAACACAACAGGCUCUUGCUGUAAAAUAGUCUAGAGAGAGAGAGAGAGAUGUUGGUAAUAGUAGUACUUUCAUGAGCAGAAAUGGUUUCUUAUGAGAUUAUUAGAUGUGAAUAUUGUCUAGCCAGUAUCGUAAUCUGAACUUUUUUCAUGCU